UAGCUCCCUUACGCUGUCCCCGGCUCCGGCAUCCGUGUUGCCGUGCUGUCGCUGCUUUCCCAGAUAGUUCGGCUUCGGUCCUGUGUUGAAUCGAAUCUAUCCCUCUCGCCCCCACCCCCUCAAGGGAGCCUCCUUCAGACGGCUUCAUGGCGUAUAGUCAGGGAGGCGGCAAGAAGAAAGUCUGUUACUACUAUGACGGUGACAUUGGAAACUAUUAUUAUGGCCAGGGACACCCAAUGAAGCCUCACAGAAUCCGUAUGACACACAAUUUAUUGCUAAAUUAUGGCUUAUACAGAAAAAUGGAAAUCUAUCGCCCCCACAAAGCUACAGCAGAAGAAAUGACUAAAUAUCACAGCGAUGAAUACAUCAAAUUUCUUCGUUCAAUAAGACCUGACAAUAUGUCUGAAUACAGCAAACAAAUGCAGAGAUUUAAUGUUGGGGAAGAUUGUCCUGUGUUUGAUGGACUGUUUGAGUUCUGCCAGCUGUCAACAGGAGGCUCUGUAGCUGGAGCAGUAAAAUUGAAUAGACAACAAACAGAUAUGGCUGUUAAUUGGGCAGGAGGACUUCAUCAUGCUAAGAAAUCAGAGGCAUCUGGUUUCUGUUACGUUAAUGAUAUUGUGCUUGCCAUUCUUGAGUUAUUGAAAUAUCAUCAAAGAGUUCUUUACAUUGAUAUUGAUAUCCAUCAUGGUGAUGGUGUUGAAGAAGCUUUUUAUACCACAGAUCGAGUUAUGACAGUAUCAUUUCAUAAAUAUGGUGAAUAUUUCCCUGGAACAGGAGAUUUAAGGGACAUUGGAGCUGGAAAAGGCAAAUACUAUGCUGUUAACUUUCCAAUGAGAGAUGGAAUAGAUGAUGAGUCAUAUGGACAAAUAUUUAAACCAAUUAUAUCUAAAGUGAUGGAAAUGUACCAACCUAGUGCAGUAGUAUUGCAAUGUGGGGCCGAUUCACUCUCUGGUGAUCGACUUGGAUGUUUUAAUCUUACUGUUAAAGGUCAUGCCAAAUGUGUGGAAGUUGUAAAGACUUUCAAUUUGCCUCUUUUGAUGCUUGGAGGAGGUGGAUAUACCAUACGCAACGUUGCUCGAUGUUGGACAUACGAGACUGCUGUUGCCUUAGACUGCGAAAUUCCUAAUGAAUUGCCAUAUAACGAUUACUUUGAGUACUUUGGACCAGAUUUCAAACUGCAUAUAAGCCCAUCAAACAUGACAAACCAGAACACUCCAGAAUAUAUGGAAAAGAUUAAGCAGCGUUUAUUUGAGAACUUACGCAUGCUGCCCCAUGCUCCUGGUGUGCAGAUGCAAGCUAUUCCAGAAGAUGCUGUUCAUGAAGACAGUGGUGAUGAAGAUGGUGAAGAUCCAGACAAACGUAUUUCUAUUCGUGCUUCUGAUAAGAGGAUAGCCUGUGAUGAAGAAUUUUCUGAUUCUGAAGACGAAGGAGAAGGUGGACGCAGAAAUGUUACAGAUCAUAAGAAAGGAGCAAAGAAAGCACGCUUAGAAGAGGACAAGAAAGAGGCAGAAGACAAAAAAGCAGAUAUUAAAGAAGAAGACAAAUCUAAAGAUAACAGUAGUGAGAAAGUAGAUACCAAAGGCACAAAAUCAGAACAGUUAAGCAAUCCUUGAACAUAAAGCCUUACAGUAUGUCAAUCAAAGGACCCAAUACCAUAAUGAAAAAAUACUAAGAGAAGCUUUUCAUACUGGAAGAGACUUUUUAUUUUCUUUUAGUAGAAUUUGGCAUGGAGCAUAUUUAUUUUCAAACAACUGUGUUUUGAUUUUUGGCAACUUGUAUUGUGAAUUCCCCAAUUAUGAUACAAAAUUUGUUCCUUCCACCAGGCUUUAUGUAUUACUAUUUAAAAUGGAUGUGAGUUAAGAUGUAGUUAAACGUCUAAACUGAUCUAUUAAAAUUUCCCUUUUCCCGGAUUGAUUUUAUCCCCUUUUUGUAAUUAUAUCUUUAUUAAAAAACAAACAAACUGUA